UUCUUCUUCUUCUUCUCCUUUCUUUUUGCUUCACCAUCACUACUACCAUGACCAAGAACAACCUCUCACCUUCCUGGAAAAAGCUUCUCAAGGCUCAGCUAACAGCAAACAUCAAAGAGCAAGGUCCUUCUGCUGCUUAUCUCUCUUUAUCAACUGUUCGCCCUGACAACAAUCCUGCAAAUCGCGUUGUCGUGUUUCGCGGCUUUGCUGGUGAGAGCUACAAAGAAGAAACUGGCUGGGAAAGUGACCUUUUGACGAUUACCUGCGACAAGAGAUCUCCAAAAGUCCAGGAGAUUGCAGCCAACCCUAAUGUUGAAAUCUGCUGGUUCAUGGGUAGUACAAAGGAGCAGUUUCGUAUUCGAGGCCGCAUGCAUGCCUUUGGAGAUGGUCUCAACCCUUCCGAGAGUCUCAACUCGCACAUUGGUCGAAAGCAUCAUGGUAUGCCUUCUUUAGAUGAAGAAAAGGAGGAAGACCAUGAAACAGAUUUCAGCGACCGGCUAAGUCAGGCCAGCAAGUCUUUCCUUAAACGCAUUCGUUCUCUUAAGCACCACAUUAAGCCAAACGCUCCAUUCGAUUGGCAGGCUGAGCGCCUCCGACAAUGGUAUGGGCUCACAGAUCAGCUUCGAGCUACCUUUACAUGGCCUGCUCCAGGUACUCCUAAAGAACCUGUUGAGGAAGAAGAGGCCACAUUCCGUAUAGAAACUCUGACUAUCGAAGAGAGUGACGACAACGGCUGGUUUUCUCACCAGGAUGCCGACAAACGGGCUUUAUUGGAACGAGGUUAUGAAAACUUCGUGGUUUUGUUUUUAGAGGUUACAGAGGUAGAUCAUAGUUAUCUCGAAACUAGUGUGCGUACUAUUUACCGGAAGGAAGAUGAUACCUGGAAUGCUGUAGAGGUUAAUCCCUAGAGUAAUACAGAAAUUUUAUAUUCUUCAGAGCUCCCACACACAAAUAUAUAUCUAAAUAAAAUUGAGUAAAAAGCUAAAGAAAUAACAUAUGGAAAGAU